UAAUUCUCGAAAUAGAUUCACGAUCGUUUUGCUCCAGCCAACUCAACACAAACGCAAACGCUACCCAAAAAUAAUGAAUCCUCAUCAAACCCCAUCUGAUUCUGACCACCCCCAACUCCCCACCAUCAAGAUCCAUCACCCCGCCGCCGCUACCUCCGCCGUCGGUGCCACCCCAACUCCUACCUCCCUUGCCCGCCGCAAGAUCGGCGUUGCCGUCGACCUAUCCGACGAGUCCGCCUUCGCUGUCCACUGGGCCGUCGACAAUUACCUCCGUCCUGGUGACGGUGUCGUCCUCAUCCACGUGUCGCCCACUUCCGUCCUCUUCGGCGCCGACUGGGGCCCACUGCCCCACCACCAAGAGAACCCUGGUAACGCUGAUGAGAAUAGUAAUGAUAGUAAUAACAGUAACAAAGAGCAUAAACAGCGGCAGAUAGAACAUGAUUUCGACAACUUUACGGCUACGAAAGCUGCUGAUCUGGCGAGGCCGUUGAAGGAGGCUGGGCUCCCGUACAAGAUACACAUAGUGAAGGAUCAUGACAUGAGGGAGAGGCUGUGUUUGGAGAUAGAGAGGUUGGGUUUGAGUGCAGUGAUAAUGGGGAGUAGAGGGUUUGGAGCUGAGAAGAGAGGAAAUGAUGGGAAGUUGGGGAGUGUGAGUGAUUAUUGUGUGCACCAUUGUGUGUGCCCUGUGGUGGUUGUUAGAUAUCCUGAGGAUAAGGACGGCGGCGAGCCGGUGGUCAAAGUUAAGGUACCGGAGGAGAUGGAGGAGGACCACGCAGAUGCAAAGCUUAAAGAUGCUUAGUAGUUCCUUGGGGUCAUGACUUGAUCCUCUCCAGUAGGAGGAUUUUCUUGAACUUUAUGUAUCUUAAAUGUUGUUUUCGCAUGUUGUAGAUAACGUAGAAUCAAUCGAGUCGACAGUGAAGAGCCGACACGUAAGAAAAAAGUCAAUGUGAUCUUGUUCACAGGGGGUGUAAUCUUGUUAAUCUAUAAAGAUUGUUAGGAGUUCCUUGUUUAUUCUGAAAACAUGGUUAUUCAUCAUUUCAUUUUGUGAUGUGUAUGCGAUGAUUGGUGGUGUUCUUGUAUGAAUGAUUGACGAGGCUUUAAUUUUCUUUAAUGCCCGUUUGUAAAACUUGUUUCACUGCAUUGCUAUAUAAGCAUAGUUUCUACGAGGAUUUUAUAAAA